AUGCCGCCAUCGACAAGAGCUGGACAGACGGGAAGGGGCGAUGAUGAUCAAACGACCACAAGCAAUGGACAGGAGGAAGGAUGGCUCACGCAGGUAGUCAGGAUCCUCCAGCUGGCGAACCCGGCACUAUCGGCAGAGGAAGCAAUAGUACGGGCCAUGGGUCUGGUCAACAUUAGCAACCAAGCUCCACGCGGGGAGACCGAAAAGAUCCCCAAGGACGUAUCGAGCUCCAUUGCUCACAUCAAGAAGCUCAGCGAUAGCAAUUGGCACACCUGGGAACCCACCUUUAUCGACUGCCUCCAGAGAGUGCAUAACGCGAAGGAAAUCCUGUAUGGUACCGUUGUACCCGGGAGCGAGGAAUACGAUGAAGACCUAGACAAGGCACUCGUGGGCCUCAUCCACGCCUGCUGCGAUAACAGCCCGGAUAGCCGCAUCGACACCUACACCGUCAGAGGGGUGGAUGAAGAAGUUCAACUUGGUAGCACACUCUAUGCCAAACUCAAGAAGGCACUAACACUAAACGACGCUGUAAAGCGAGCAGGACUGCAGGAUCGUAUCCACACAGUGCGCUUGCACAAUCGAGACGUUGUCAGACUAGGCAAGGAACUUGAUUCGAUCUGGAACGAUGCGGCACGCCUCGGAAAGCGUUUCGACGAGGACCUCAAGAAAUCAACUCUCUAUCGCUGCACGGCUCAAGAUUGGUUCUACGCCAACACCGUCGAUGCACUGAAAACGGCCAAACCAGACUGCAAGUAUGACGAAGCCUACCAUGCACUGGCCAAGAAACAGCAGGAUGGUGAGAUCACUGGUCGUAUUAGAGGAGCAGCAAGGGUCGCCACAAACGCGGAACAGGGGAGUGCCAACCAGGCGGAGCAAGGACCCAGGGGAAGGCGCGAUCCUCGCAAUCCCUUGGCCCCUCCAAAGUGCUAUGCUUGCGGAGGACCAAAUCACAUUGCUCGAAAUUGCACAAACGCACGAGGCACAAGCGAACCUGUCGCUCGUGCAACCCAUCAUAUGGUAAAUGAUGAGAGAAUGCUGCUCACCUCAACGAACAAGGUCGGCCAAAUCAGUACGGCAGGGGACGAAAAGCUUCAGGUGAAGGCUAUAGGAGAUGCCUCCCUUCGGGUCGGUGAGGCCACCAUCCAACUAUUGGAUGUGCUUUAUGUACCGAAACUGAAUGCUAACUUAUUGUCCGUACAAGGCUUGAUCGAGAAUGGUGCACGAGUAAUCUUCGAUGAGUUUGGAACUACCAUAAAGCAGAACGAUGGUACCCAAGUACAAUUCAAAAGGGACAGAAGACAGGGCCACUUCAAAGUGCGAGGACAAGCACUGGCUUUGGAACUGGAGGAAACACGAGAUGGCGUCCCAGAGGACAACCAGAACACAGGAAAACUAGAUAAUGCCCCAGAGGGCAAUAAGGACACGAAGCAUCGAGACAGCUACCUAUGGCAUGAGAGGUUCGGACACCCAGGACGAGACAAAACGAGACAAAUCCGGGCCCAUUACCUAGAUUUCAAAGGACAUGCCAACUACCACUAUGCACUAGUUGCUGUGGACGACUUCUCCUCUCUGAUCUACAUGGAACCACUCUGCACAAAGAGUGCUGCACUCACGGCGCUGAGAAGGUGGAUAGCCAGGAUGGAACGGGCAACGGACAGGAAACUCAAAACACUCCGCAGCGACAAUGGAGGAGAAUGGUGCAGCAUAGCAGCUGAAGACUGGCAAACUCAAGAGGGUUUUAAGUGGCAAAAGAGCGUCCCGGGGAUCAGUGUCCAAAAUGGACGGGCAGAGAGAGCAAUCAGAUCGGUCCAAGAAAAGAUGCGCUCGAUGCUGAUUGGUCAAGCUUGCCCUAGAGAGUUGUGGCCGUACGCAAUCACAGCAGCAGCACACGUGAUGAACCUUACCCCGUCAGCCACCAAAACCAUUCCCCACGAGGCCUUCUAUGGAACCACUGCGCACAAGCUGGCCCAGCAACUGCGAGUCUUCGGAUGCUUGGCAUGGGUUCAUGUUCAACAGAAGGACCAGCAAGGCAAGCACGGAGCUAGAGCAAAGCCAGCCAUCAUGAUUGGGUAUGACGACGAACACAAAGCAUGGAAGUUUUGCAACCCGGACCAGCCUGCGUCAAUUCAAUGGAGCAACUCAGCAACGUUCCAUGAGGACAAAGGAUGGAGUGAUCGCCAACAAGAGGCAGUCAGGCCUGUGGUGACCGCGGAGGUCGAGGAGGAGAGUGUCACGCCAGCCAUAGUGGAGGAGGAGACCAAAUCAGAGGCUGCAGUGGAGGAUCUCCUAACAGCCGAAGACAGCACAGUAGGCGCCGCCAACACAGCAAUACUGAACCUGGACCCAACACUUGGGGGAGCAAUGGAUGGUGAGGAUGCCCAGCUCUGGAAGGAGGCAAUACGAAAGGAGCUAGAAGGACUCGAGGCAAUGGGGACUUGGGAGGUGGUGCACCAACCGCCAGGAGUACCACUUGUGGACUCUAAGGUUGUGCUUCGGCUGAAGCUUGAUGCUGAUGGUGUACCUGUUAAGCACAAGGCACGACUGGUUGCAAGGGGCUUCACACAGAGAGAGGGGAUCGACUACCAAGAAACCUUCUCUCCAGUAGCACCCCUCGGAGCGAUCAGAGCCAUCUUAGCACUAGCAGUGCAGAACAACUGGGAGGUACAUGCUCUGGACAUCACUAUGGCUUACUUGAACUCCACGUUAAAGGAAGCAAUCUACAUGAAGCCGCCAGGAGGAUCAGGAGUAGCACCCGGCAAGGUGUACAAGGUAGUCAAGGGCCUAUAUGGCCUAAAGCAGUCUGGGCGAGAAUGGAAUCAGGAGUUUGACAGGUCUUUGCGACGCAUGGGAUUCUUCCAGGUAGAGUGCGCUCCCUGCAUCUACACCAAGGGACAGGGUGAAGAUAUGGCCAUUGUGGUCAUCUACGUCGAUGAUACACUAGUCAUAGCACCACGGCUGGAAACGGUCCUAAAGGUUAAGAAGCAGAUUGGUCAGAGAUGGAAGAUGGAAGAUAGUGGUGAGGUCUCUCACUUCUUGGGCAUCAAAAUCAGUCGAAACCGUGCGAUGCGCACCAUGACGAUUGGUCAGUCAGGGUACAUCGACCAAGUGCUGGCAAAGCACUUGGACAAACGCACGAAGCCGACCAUGGUUCCAAUGCAGAGCAUACCGGAGGGAACCCUUGUCGCAAGCGCAGCACAACAGAAGGAGUAUCCGGUGAUUGUUGGCAAGCUGCUCUGGGUCGCCAACAGCACCCGGCCCGACCUUAGUCUCACCGUGGGUGUUCUCGCUAGGCACAUGCGUGAACCAUCGCAGGAGCAUUAUCAGGCAGCACAAAGGGUCUUACGCUACCUCGAAAGCACAAGGCAGGUUGGGUUGGUUUAUAGGGCAAGUGAGUCGCAAGAGCCACUGGUUGCACACAGCGAUGCAAACUGGGCAAGCGAUGCCACCAUACAGAGAAGAAGCACAUCGGGGUCAGUGGCGUUAGUGUACGGGAACCCAGUAGCCUGGAAGUCAGCGACACAAAAAUGCGUGUCAUUGUCUGCUGUCGAGGCAGAGUUCAUUGCAGCCACGGAAGCAACACGUGAGGUGCUCUUCCUCAAGCAGCUGCUACGCUCAAUUGGCAUUGCCACAGGCACACCGACGGUCUACUCGGACAACACUGGUUGCAUACAGGUUAGUAAGGACCCAGCACAGCACUGGAAGCUUAAGCACAUCGACACCAAGUAUCACUUCGUCCGUAACAACGUACAAGAGGGAAGGGUGCAGAUCAAGUACGUAGACACCACAAGAAACUUGGCAGAUGUACUCACGAAACCCAUUGGGAGGCAGGCAAUGCAGCAAGCAAGAUCUGGGCUACACCUGCAAAUACCGGCAGCAGUGUACGGAACGGGGUCCCCGAGCUAUGCAACAGUGUUGAAGAACGGAGGUCACACCUUGAAGCAACAGCAUAAUGAACAGGGUACAUAUGCUGUUGAGGGGGGGAGUUGA